AUGAAAUUCAAUCAAGCAUAUACAUAUCUGAUACAGCAACUACCUCCCUCAUUAGUGGAAGAAGCAUGGAGACGCCUUACUACUCGAAAACGCAAUCCUUUUACACUACUAGAAGCAUGUGGUAUAGAUCCAGCUAUUGAAGAUUUUUUGCAACAUGAAAUUAUAGUUUAUAAUAGAAAAAAAGAACGCCAACGUCGAAUGCCUCCUUGUUUACCAUUAAACAUUCUAUGUAGUUUAUUUCCGCCCAAAAGACGAACAACUUCAGUAGAUUUUCCUGUAUUAGUUCGACCAGAGAUUAUAAGUGUGAAAGGCCAUUGGGGUGUGCUAUUUAAUGAGUUAAUCUUUCCGGAUUAA